GGUGAUAGAUUAUGGAUGUUUGCUAUUGGAUUAUUUUUACACCAACUUGGUGGAAUUACAUGGAUUGCUAUUCACCAGCUGAUGGACUCUCUAUCCAAAUUGAUACUGACCCCAGUAGUGGGAUCUUUGCUGGAUAAAACGAACAGGAACAAAGGUGGAAGCUUAUUUUUGCUCAACACUACAACUGAACUCUACUUACUUUUUGCUAUACUGUUCGGCUCAAUUUCUCGGGUAGCAUCUGAAGCUCAAAAAACGGCAUUCACAAAAGAUUGGAUUGUAGUUAUCAUUUCAAAGACGAAGGGAGCGCGUUUAUCUACUCAAAAUGCUGCAAUGACUGUGAUUGACCAGGCAUCCGCUUUGUUGAGUCCAAUUAUUGCUGGAAUCAUGCUUGACUCGAUGACAAAAGCGUGGUGUUGCAUUGUGAUCAUCGCUUGGAAUAUGAUCUCGUGGAGUAUCGAGAGUUCUCUGCUUUUGUGGAUCUACCGGCGCAUUCCGGCACUUUCACAUAGAUCCAGAAACGACAUGACCACUCAUGGUACUCUUUCACCUGUUGCGGCGUAUUCUGCCUACUUUCGACAAAGUGCAUUCCGGGCUGCUUUCGGCUUGGCUCUGCUGUACAUGACAGUACUUGGAUUUGAUAACUUAGCCUUAUCUUACGGUGCUUCGCAAGGGAUGUCCGCAUCCAGCCUCGGUGUUUUCCGUUCGAUGGGAUCUCUCCUAGGAUUACUCGGAGCGGUUUCCUAUACUGCUUUAGAGCGUUCGCUAGGUCUCCUUUGGACAGGUUUAAUUGGACUGCUGAUUCAAAACCUUUUCUUAAACUUCUGUACAGUCUCAAUCAAUCUACCUGGAAAUCCAUUUAAUGCUACCGGAUACUUCUCCACACUUACUGCUACGGUACCAGUUUUUCUCUCUAUGCAGUGCAUUUCUUAUAUAAGUAAAUGGGUGGAUGGCGUGAAGUCCAAAGUCAUGGGUGAUUUGAACACAGUCGAGGAUUCUCCUUCUAUCCCCUUUUCGGAACUCAGCCCAUCAAUAAUAGUCUUCUUCCUUGGAAUUACUCUAGCUCGAUUUGGAUUAUGGGUAGCUGAUCCGUCCAUCACUCAGAUCAUGCAAGAAACCAUACCGGAAAGGGAGCGUUAUUCAGUUUUUGGCGUACAAACAAGUAUAUGCGAGUUGUUCUCUGUCCUCAAAGAUUUGAUGGUAUGUUGAAA